CUUCGGUGGAGAUGGUAUGGAGGUGCACAAGAGCUCGACAGCUGAUCGCGGUGGUGAGUCGCGGAGAGAUCGGCGCUCUCCCUGCGUCCAGUCGCAGUGCGCGUUGUGGAUCCGUUCGGUGCGUACCCUCCGAUUCUGGUUCGAUCGGUCACCCGGAGAAUCAGCUGUGUGAGUGCAAAGCGUUCGCGAUCGAUCGCUCUUGAACGUUCAUCCGGAGUAUGUCCCCGAACGAAUGCGGUGUUACGGACAUAGUGGUGGCGGUGCAUCAGUAAUCAGACGACACGAGAGAUUCGAUACGUGGGGUGGAAUCGCGGCUUGGUAUCGUGGCGUAUUCCUGAGCGAGUGCGAGGACCAGAGUGGUGAUCCCCUUUGUAUACCCAGAGACACUUCUGUUCUUCCGCGGUCCACCCGAAGGUGUUUCGGACAUCAGGCCGAAGAUGCGGAGCGUCGUCGCCGUGGUAUGAAUUCGAACGUCGCGGCGGUAGCUGAACCCACUUUUGCCCGAGGCACGAUUGGAUGAUGGCUGACCUGAAGAAUCUCACCCUGGGCGGUGGCGGAUCAUCCAGGUACAGCGGCGAUGAGCAGGUGCAAUUUAUUCCAGGUGGGAGUCAUCAGGUGACGAUCAGAUCACCCCCUCCCUCCUUACAUUUGGAAAAUCUAAACAAUGUGGUCCACGGCUCGCAGAACAACCUUCACUGCAGUUGCAACGGCACCACGUCGAACGGGGCUGCGGCUACGGUGUGCACCGGUGGUGUUCUGGCCAGGAAGGUGCCGAAUCACAGCGGCGCCAGUCCCGGACAGAGCAAUAAGAGGCCGGCGGUAGCACUGACGCAUCUCCCGAAAAGACCGCCGGUCGACGUGGAGUUCAAGAACCUGGCCUACAGCGUGUCCGAGGGCAGAAAGAGAGGAUACAAAACCAUUCUAAAAUGCGUAAACGGAAAAUUCAGAUCUGGAGAGCUGACGGCGAUUAUGGGACCGUCCGGCGCUGGAAAGAGCACGCUUAUGAACGUUCUAGCAGGCUAUAAAACGUCGCACUUGAGCGGCUCGGUGCUGAUAAAUGGAAAGGACAGAAAUCUCAGAAGAUUUCGGAAGAUGUCCUGCUAUAUCAUGCAGGACGACCAGCUUCUACCUCACUUGACCGUUUACGAGGCGAUGACCGUCUCGGCGAAUCUGAAGUUGGGGAAGGACAUCAGCCAAGAUGCCAAGAAAGUAGUGAUUGAGGAGAUUAUCGAAACGCUUGGCCUACGCGAAGCCAGCAACACGCAGACCCAGAGUCUCAGCGGUGGGCAGAGGAAGAGGCUGUCGAUAGCGCUGGAGCUCGUCAACAAUCCCCCGGUUAUGUUCUUCGACGAGUCUACUUCCGGCUUGGACAGCUCUUCUUGUUUCCAGUGUCUAAAUUUGCUCAAGUCCCUAAGCAGAGGAGGAAAAACAUUAACAAGAGUAAGAUUGAUCUCGCACGUAAUCGUCGGCUUCCUGAUCGGCGCAAUUUAUUACGACAUCGGGAACGAGGCCUCGGAGGUCAUGAGCAAUGCUGGAUGUGUCUUCUUCACGGUGAUGUUUCUUAUGUUCACCGCCAUGAUGCCUACGAUAUGUACAUUUCCGAUGGAAAUGUCCGUGUUUGUAAGGGAGCACCUGAACUACUGGUACUCAUUGAAAGCUUUUUACCUCGCGAGAACACUGGCGGACAUCCCGUUCCAAAUGGUGUACUCUAUAGCCUAUGUGAUAAUCGUUUACUUCCUUACGUCGCAACCAUUGGAGGUGGAGCGUUUUCUUAUGUACCUAAAUAUAUGCAUACUGACAUCGCUGGUUGCGCAAUCCCUCGGUCUGCUGAUAGGAGCAGCAAUGAGCGUGGAGAGCGGAGUGUUCAUCGGACCCGUGAUAUCGGUCCCGAUUAUCCUGUUCUCUGGCUUCUUCGUUAAUUUCAAAGCCAUGCCGAAGUAUCUAAAGUUCCUCUCGUACAUGAGCUACGUGAGGUACGGCUUCGAGGGCACCAUGAUUUCCGUGUACGGCUACAAUCGGGCGAAGCUCAAGUGUUCCGAGUACUACUGCCACUUCAAGAGCCCGACGAAAUUCCUCGAACAGAUGGCCAUGGAGAACGCAGUCUACUGGGUGGACGUCGUCGCCCUGCUCGGCUUCCUGCUCGUUCUCAGAGUGAUCGUUUACUUCGUGCUGAAGCUCAAGUUGCGAUCCCUUCGUUAAAUACUCUAACUAAUAGGAGUCCAGGACAGACAAUAAUCGAUCACGUCAUGCGACUCUACGACCGCCAUAAACCACGAUCUGAAUAUCAUCCAAGAUCAUACUUUCGUAUGAUCCGUAAAGAACCAACGACGAAGAAGAGGAUCGGGAGGAUUAUUUUGAUCUCGAGAUUGAGAAGAGUAGAAAGAGAUUGAGUAGAACACGUCGUUUUUGUCGUGAUGACAAACGCCAGUGGCGAAGGAACGCAGUGUGAAAGAAGUAUCCUACGAAAAGAAUAUACGCUUCGAAUAGAGACAUUGAGGUAAUGCAGUAAAUUAUCUUUUGAUUCGAACAAUCGUUUGAUAUUUGCGAACUUUGAUACGCGAUUUAAGUCGUUAGAGAUUUUUAUUUAAUUUUUUGUUUCUCUCUUUCUCUCUCUUUAUUGAAGUAUAUAAAAAUUUUUUUUAUUAUUUUAAUCGUUUUUUUUAUUAUUUUAAUCGGUAACGCUUCGAAGGGUGCUUAAUUGAUCGUAGCGGUGUUUGCGAUACCAAACCGAAUGAUCUCUGCCGUUGGCAAAAGAGGACACUCUAUCGUACUUGGUUAGUUCGAGUAAGUAAAAAGUAGCUACCGGGAGUUAUAUACCUCGACAAGAGGACUCGAAUCUCUGAUUAAAGACGAAUCAUAAUCUUUUAGAUAGGCAUUUAAACAAAUAGUCCAGGCAGGAGUUAGGCUAUCUUCGAUCAAUCGCGCAUUAACAACAGUAGGCCGAUUCGCGAUAUGGCAAUACGUCGGGCUAUCUGGUAUCGAAUUGAAACUGCGAACGCGUUUAUAGCCAAUUACUACGAACUCGCCAGGAGCCUUAGGCCCAUUUGAGACUCCGUGUCCCUCCAACGAGCGCGUUUAAGCGCGAAAACGCGAAAAUAGAGGUUUCUAUAGGUAGGCAAGGUAGGACAUAUGCGGAUCGUUGAGAUAAGUCUUUCAUUAUUUCUCAUCUUACAUAUUACACAUAGUUGGCCACGUUUUUAAUUACGAUCGCGACGAAUAUCACGGUGGUAAACGAAUCGCACAUUUAAUCGUAAUAGUGUCCCCGAACAAAAAUUCGCCAACUCCGAGAGCAAACGCUCGGCGUUUUCGUAUGAACGAGACGGUAGAAACGCGACAUGUCUCGCAUAAUCACUCAAUCGCUUUUUCUUCAUAUCGUAAUUUCGUCGAUUUACCUAAUAGCUAAUAAUAAUUCAUAAGAGGGGAAAAGAUGAGGAAGAGAAGUGUUUAUUGUAAAAAGCUCACACUUGACCAAUCACUAGCUGCCUGAGCGUUGCUUUUAAGUGCGAGUACUAAGUGUUGUUACACUUAUCAUAGUAUAAAAAAAUUACUCUUCAAACGAUGGGAAAAUUGUAUAAAGCUGUAUAAAGGUGAUAUAAAUGAUGCGUCAAUGAAUACGUUUCUUUUUUAUAAUAAUGCGAUUCGCGGCCUAUGCUUGAGUAUAUUAAUUCGGAUUUAUUUAUUCAACGAUUAACGAAGACGACAAUGAUUAAAAUCGUAGAUAUUAUCAAUUUAUUUUGGACACAGUUGAGAUUUGCUGCAAAUAUUACUAAUACUAAUCGAUGCGGCCGUGCCGCACUAACAGACGAAUCGAAGGAAAAAUAUAAAUUUGGGGAGAAAAACGAUUUAUGCAAUAUAGAUAUUGAUUUCGCAGAUAAUCUAGGACGUUUUUUAUUUUUAAGAGUUAACGAACGUUAGUUAUGGUAAUUGUUUGUAUAAUAUGCACAAAGCUACAGGUGUAAAUAACAAUAAAUGUAUUUCAUUUUUUUUUAUUUGUAUCAAUGAGUAAAUAGCGAUAAUGGUAGAACGACAAGGCAAUAGAGUCUAUCACAAAAGGAAUAAUUUCGUAUAUUUUACCUAAUAAUCUCUCGUGCAAUAUUUUCUAUUACAAGUGUACUUCUAUUACAUUGUGGUAAUGGUACUUUUUUUUAGCCAAUUGACAAUUUCGUUAUCCGCAUAAGUGAUAGGAAAACAGUAUUUAUAUUUUGAUAUUAUUUUAUUUUACACAUACAUUUAUUUACUUUAUUAUUAUAGAUUACUGUAAAUGCAUGGCAAUAUGAUAAUAAUAUUUGAGCUUAAUUAAGUACAUAGAUUUACUUAUAUAUGAAAUAUUGCGAUAGUUGAAAUAAUUUCUUUGAAUCGAAGUUAUUAAUGUCUUAUUUUGACUAUGCAAUAUUUUUUCUUUCUUGCCAUGUAACAAUAUCAUUUUCAGAACAAUUUAGAACAGAAUUUAGAAUAAUUUUUAGGUGACGUUAUAGUAGAUAUUAAUUUUUAAGAUACUAAUUUGUUUAUACA